AUGCAACAGUCGCAACUCGACCCCUUGCCCACUGAUUUACCCUUCCGUAUAAUCUCCAAAACGAUUGGUCGGGGAGCAUACGCAUCGAUCAAGAAGGCUAUUCCGCAAGACGCAGCGACACCUGUUUUUGCUGUGAAGUUCAUCCAUAAAGGAUACGCUGUCAAACAUGGCCGCGUUUCAGCUAAGCAAUUGUUGAUGGAAGUGUCGCUUCACUGCCACGUUGGUCAGCACCCCAACAUCAUUGAAUGGUUUGCAUCAGGGGAAGACACGCACUGGAGAUGGAUCGCCAUGGAGUUCGCUGAUGGUGGCGAUCUAUUUGAUAAGAUUGAGGCUGAUGUAGGCGUGAACGAAAAUAUCGCCCACGUGUAUUUUCUCCAACUCAUCAGUGGCGUCAGCUUCAUCCACUCCAAAGGUGUGGCACAUCGUGAUCUCAAGCCCGAGAAUAUCCUGCUUUCCGAGGCUGGAAAUCUCAAGCUCGCUGAUUUUGGAAUGGCAACAAUGUUCGAGUACAAAGGCCAGCGGAAAACCAGCUCGACCCUCUGUGGCAGUCCUCCUUACAUAGCCCCUGAGAUCCUGACCUGCAGCAAGGCGGACAAGAGCGCAGCGACCAGUACGGCCAAAUACUCGGCAGACCUAGUCGAUAUAUGGUCAUGUGGUGUCAUUCUCUUUGUGUUACUUGUUGGAAACACCCCCUGGGACGAGCCAUCGAAAGGCAGUUGGGAGUAUCAAGAGUACAUUCGGACAAAUGGCCGCAGCACAGAUGCUCUCUGGGGAAGGAUACCGCCGAACGCCCUAUCAUUGCUUCGCGGUAUGAUGAAUGUCAAUCCUGAAAAGCGCUUCUCCUUCGCACGCAUUCGGCAACACCCUUGGUACACCAGGACAAAUCCACACCUGACCUCCGACGGUCAGGUAUCCGACCCUAUAAACCUUGCAACUAAAAUGUUGGAGAGCCUUCGCAUUGACUUCAACCAACAACCGACGGCGUCACAAGGGAAUACGUCCAACAGUGAUGCCAUGGAAGUCGACGGAGCCGAUACCACAGGCAAGGUCUCGUUCACGCAGCCGGAAACGCCCAUAAACGAUGUCGCCUGGGAUUGGGAGCGACCCUCGCUUAAAGCUAUGAACCCUAUGGCCGUAUCUUCCACGCAGCCAAUCUCGCGGAGCGAGUCCGGCGUCGCUAACAGGCGCCUAUUCCUCGAGUCGCUCGCAGAGGAGCCGUCUAUGAGCCAGUUUUCACAGACCCCCUGCGUGCCGUUGACCCUUACACAGGCGGCGCGUCGGUUCCGGGAUAUUGUACCCUUCGAGUCACUUACGCGUUUCUUCUCGCAUGUGCCACCGCAGUUGAUUGUACAAAUGCUUACAGAUGCCUUGCACCAACUCAACGUCCCGUUGCCGCCAGUUAUCCCUAACUUGUACGCAGACCAUAUUGCAACUCUGCGGAUCAAGACGCUUGACGAGCGGAGGCAGUCGCUACAUGGCGAAAUACAUGUCGAUAAGCAUCGAUUACCUGAAGAGCAGGAACUCCUUGACAUUCGAUUCGUGAAAAUCAAGGGUGAUCCUCUUGAGUGGCGACGUUUCUUCAAGAAAGUUGUAGUACUUUGCAAAGAUGGUGUCUAUGUACCGGAGGCCUAG